GAGCAGCCUCAGCAAGUCAAGUGCAAGCAUCGGGAGGAGGCGGCGGAAAAGACGACUCUGCGUUUGCUGGAGCGAUGAGAACUUUUGCCGUCCUGUUGUGCAUCGCUCUCGCCUCCUGCGCGUCCCGGGUGGACGCCUUGCAAGCGGAGAGAGACCCCCAGGGAGAUGUUGGCGUUUCUCAGCUGCUAAAGCCAGAAGAACCACCGGAAGUUCUCAAGCUGCCGGUGAAAUUCAAUGUCCGCACUUCUAGGGACCUAGAAGACAAAGGCUGCUACCUCACUCCGGGCCAAGAGCAGCAUUUGGAAGAUUGCAAGUUUAACGUCUCUGCAAAAAGCUUCUUUGUUAUUCAUGGAUGGGCAAUGACUGGCAUGUUUGAGACGUGGCUGGGGAGCUUGGUGUCAGCUCUGCAGGAGCGAGAGACGGAAGCCAACGUGGUGGUGGUCGAUUGGCUCCCUCUUGCCCACCAGCUGUACACGGAUGCUGUGAACUACACCCGAGUGGUUGGAAAGGAAGUGGCCAAGCUGCUGAACUGGUUGCAGGAGAAAGAACGCUUCCAGCUCCAAAACGUCCACCUGAUUGGCUACAGCCUCGGAGCCCACGUUGCUGGCUAUGCUGGGAACUAUGCUAUGGGGACAAUUGGCAGAAUUACAGGCUUGGAUCCAGCCGGCCCGAUGUUCGAAGGAGUCGACCCUAACCGGCGCCUCUCUCCUGAUGAUGCAGACUUUGUGGAUGUCUUGCACACGUACACAAGGGAAACCCUGGGGGUCAGCAUUGGGAUCAAGAUGCCCGUGGGUCACAUCGACAUUUACCCGAAUGGAGGAGACGUCCAGCCAGGCUGCGGCUUGAGUGAUGUCUUGGGAUCCCUUGCCUACGGAAAUAUCGGGGAGGCUGUGAGGUGCGAACACGAACGGUCCGUGCACCUCUUUGUGGACUCGCUUGUGAACAAGGAUAAGCAGAGCUUUGCCUUCCAGUGCACGGACUCCAGCCGCUUCCGGAAGGGCAUCUGCCUGAGCUGCCGCAAGAACCGCUGCAACGGCAUUGGCUACAACGCCAAGAAAAUGAGGAACAAGAGGAACACCAAGAUGUACUUGAAGACGCGGGCCGACAUGCCUUUCAAAGUUUUCCACUACCAAAUGAAAAUGCAUGUCUUCAGCUACAAAAGCAUGGGAGAAACAGAGCCUACUUUCUCUGUUACGCUGCAUGGCACCAGUGGAGACUCCCAGCCCCUGCCUCUGGAAGUGUUUGAGCAGAUUGGCCUGAACUACACAAACACCUUCCUUGUCUACACUGAAGAAGAUGUUGGCGAUGUCUUGAAGAUCAAGCUCACCUGGGAAGGAUCCACUCAGUCCUGGUACAGCUUGUGGAGAGAGCUGAAAAUGUACUGGACUCGGCCUGAGAAUUCGUCCAAGGAGCUCCAGAUCAGGCGGAUCCGUGUGAAAUCUGGUGAAACUCAGCAGAAGCUCACUUUUUGUGCAGAAGACCCCCAGAAGACCAACAUAUCUCCUGGCGAAGAACUCUGGUUCAUAAAAUGUCGAGAUGGGUGGCAAAAGAGGAACCAAACAACAUCAGUAUGAAGCAUGCACUGAAAUGUCCUUCAUGGAUGACGUUCUUCAUUCAUCCAGGACCUAACCAGCCAACUCAACUGGAGAAGGCAACUGCAGAAGACGAGCUAUGGGUGAAAAGAUGUUGCUGCAAACUCUUUUUUAUUUUCUUUCUUGCUAGCACUUGCAACAGUUUGCUGUUUCAAGAUGGAUGUCCUCAUUUCCAAGAACUGUGAUGACAUGGACAUUAUUUCUAGCAAAAUCGGAGCACCACAUAUUUAUGGCUUCAGUGGCUACCCUAAAUAACUCCCUCCAACUCCCAAGAGCCUGUUACUAAACUUAUCCUUCUUUGGGAGUCCUUAGGCACCUAAACCUCUUUAUCCUGAUGAGUUUUCAUGCGCAAGCUCUGCCUUUGCACCAUGCUUUUCUAAAGGCUGAACUUUGCAUUUGGACCAAACAUGUGGCAAAGAGUCUUGGAGACUGUAUUAUUUCAGACUGCAGGAAUUGGGGCACACAUUUUGUCUCCUUUCCUCAAAUCAAAAUCUGCCUGUUUGUUCAAAACUAUAAGGCCUGGAAGAGCUGUUUCUAGCACAUCUGUACCGAGUGGCAGGCUAGUUUUCGACAUGCAGGAGAAUUUAUAUUUGGAGCAGACAUUCAGACGUAUCUUCCCACUACAUACACAUGCAGUGUAAAAUGGUAUAAUGGCAGGAAUGUUGUGCCAUGUGGCUUUCCUGAAAAUUCAGAUCGGCCCUGCCUUGCGCGUAUGGAAGUUGAAACGUUAAUGUGGAGGACACUGUGUAUUGAUUCUCAGCCAUAGUUUUUACUACUGUGUGGUGUUUUGUUGAGAGGGAAGCACCCAAGCUGAUCGUAAAAAUUUCAUGCAUUGUUUGUAUAUCAUAAGAUGAGGGGCUUGAAUUUCUCCAGGUGAUUGUCUUCACUGCCACGUGGGAGAGCAUUGUGGAUACAGGAAACAAAUACCCAUCACUGGGGUGGUGGCUGCCAUUUUUUUCACCCAGCUUACACAAUUAGAGGAGUUUGAAAAAUUCCCCAAAUAACUUCUCGUUAAUCACUUCACCCUGCACUCACACACUAAAAUAGAUGUCCCUGAAAUGCAUAUAUAUGUAUGUAUUUCAAAACAAACUAGCAUUCUAAACAAGCUUUGGUUUUGUAAUGCAACAAAUGCAUUACAGCAAAAUGUUGUUGUUUUGGAGUACUGUACUACUGUAAGGAUUCCAACCAUGCCUGCCUUCAGGUUACUCCAUUCCAUAACCCCUCUUUGGUUUUCCAUUCCGCCCUCAACAGAUGCUCAACAUUCUGUUGUCACUGGGCAUGCUCCGUCCUUAUUGGGUCUUGAAGCCCUGUGCCUCGAUAAUCUCCCUGCCUGUUGUUAAUCUCACUGUUUUGGCCCAUGUAUGGCUCAGUCCUCGGAGAAUGAGUUCACUGUUACAAAAGAAUAGGCAAUUCUUCAACUUGCGGCCAGUUUCAUGGUUUUUUUAGGUCAUCUCCUUUUAAACUCAGCCACCCCCAAGCUGCAGACUGUUAACAGAACUGCAAGGAUGUUGGGAGAGAUUGAUUCAAUAAUAACUACAGAGGCUGCGGCAAAGUACCCACCCAAAGCACGCACCCAAUCAAUUAGAUAUGAUUGCAAGAUUCGAUCAUGCACAUUUUCAAACACACACAAGUAGGGUUGCCAUAUUUCAAAAAGUAAAAACCAGGACACCCUGAAAGUUGUUGAGCUUUUUUGUCAUUUGACUUGCCCAAGAUCCACGACAAAACACUGCCUU